UGAUAAUCCUUGUUACGACCAAUUGGUCAACACGAGCAAUUACGUGGAAAAGUCAUAAAUCAAACGCGUAAAUUGAUUUCAGUCCCUUCCCAAACAGGUACUCUUCCAGACCAUAGAAGCAUAAGAACAAAAAACUUGGAUAUGGUUGAGCUAUUUUUUCUGACUCCUCCGUUUUCUUCUUCGUUUCAAUUUUAACUUCCAUAUGGUUGAGCCAACUUCAUUUUUGUUCUUCUUCACACUUCAUCUAUCACUAAUAACAGUUGUAAUUUCAGCAAAGUUCACUAUAGUUAACCAAUGCAACUACACAGUAUGGCCAGCUUCAUAUAACACCAGUGGAAGCGCACCACUUGCAACCACCGGUUUCGUUUUACAAUCCGGUGAGAAUUCCACCGUCACAGCACCGGCUAAUUGGAACGGCCGUUUCUGGGGCCGGACUCUCUGUACGACGGAUUCCGCCUCCGGAAACUUCUCCUGCGUCACAGGCGACUGUGGAUCCGGAAAAAUAGCAUGCGGCGGCCGUAGUGGAUCGCCGCCUGUGACGCUAGCGGAGUUCUCAAUAAACAGUUUCAACAAUCAAGACUUUUAUGAUGUAAGCUUAGUUGACGGUUAUAACGUCCCGAUGGAUGUGAUUCCGUUAAGUAACUCUGGAAAGUGUAAAAGCACGGGUUGUCCUACGGAUCUGAAUGCGGUGUGUCCAACGGAGUUGAAAGUAACGGAAAAUGGGAUAGUUGUGGCGUGUCAGGGUCCUUGUGCUGCUUUCAAUUUGCAGUUUUUUUGUUGUGUUGGGAAUCAUUCAACUCCAGAGACUUGUGAACCAAGUGUGUAUGCUCAGAUAUUCAAAAAGGCAUGUCCUCAAGCAUAUAGUUAUGCUUAUGAUGAUAAUAGCAGUACGUUCACUUGUGCGGCUACUGAUUACCAAAUCGUCUUUUGUCCUGCCUCAAAUAAUGCCAGCUCAGAAUCAUUGGAUCAAGGUGGGAGUAUUCCUGUUGGUGAAUCACUUACUGCUGGUAGUGGGACAGCUCGAUGGCUCUCUCCUUCAGGAGAUUUUGCAUUUGGGUUUUACCAACUUCCCAAUGAGCUUUUCUUACUAGCUAUAUGGUAUGAUAAGAUACAAACUGAUGCUAUAAUUUGGUAUGCAAAUGGAGAUAUUCUUGCUCCUAAAGGAUCAAGAUUGGUAUUAAAUGAUACUAGUGGGUUGGUGCUCACCAAUCCUGGAGGUUCAGAGCUAUGGAAAUCAAAUUUCCCAUCAGGUACAAUUUCUAAUGGUUUAAUGAAUGAUGUUGGAAACUUUCAAUUGAGAGACAAAAAUUCUGUGGCAAUAUGGGAUAGUUUCAAUCAUCCUAGUGACACAUUAGUUCCUAAUCAAGUAAUAGAGUUAAAUGGCAAUCUUUCUUCAAGACAAGGAGAGUUCAACUUCUCACAAGGAAAAUUCAAACUUCAUCUACAACAGGAUGGGAAUCUUGUGCUCAACGUUAUAAAUUUGCCAAGCAACUAUAGUUAUGAUCCUUACUACAGUUCUGGCACCAAUAGUAAUGCUAAGAAUCAAACAAAUGUUGGUGAGCGUUUGAUAUUUGACAAAUCAGGGUUUUUAUAUAUAGAGAAAAAAGGAAGGGAUAAUUUUUCAAUUAUCAACCCAAAUGAGACAUUCUCAACAAAUGACUUCUACUACAAAGCAACAAUUAAUUAUGAUGGAGUUUUCACCAUAGCAUUUUACCCUAAAGAUCCAAAAAGAGGACAAAGUUGGGUUAUUGCUAAGACUAUACCAGAAAACAUAUGUUUGUAUUCUUCAUUCACAAAUGGUGAAGGUGUAUGUGGUUUUAAUAGCAUUUGCACCCUUACAAAUGACCAAAGGCCAAAUUGUACCUGCCCAUAUGGAUAUUCUCCAAUUGAUACAUAUAACAUGUAUGCUGGUUGCUUGCCAAAUUUUCAAGUCAUUUGUCAAGCUGGUGGUAAUUGGGAUUCACAAGAUAAUCUAUAUACGAUGAAGGAAUUACCAAAUACUGAUUGGCCUAAAUCUGAUUAUGAAAUAAUAAGUCCAUCUAGUUUACAAGAGUGUAAGGAUUCAUGUUUGCAAGAUUGCUUAUGUGUUUUGGUUUCUUUCAACCAAAGUUCCUGCUGGAAGAAGAAGCUUCCACUCUCUUAUGGGAGGAAUGAUCAAGAAGUAAAAGGAAUUUCUAUCAUGAAAUUGAUGAAUAAUGAUCCUUUAUCCUCCUUGCCAAAUAAGAAAAAAGGUCAUGAUACUUUGAUCAUUGUGAUUUCAGUUCUUUUAGGAAGCUCUGUGUUUGUAAUUUUAACAUUGUUUGGUGCAAUAUUUUUUGGGUUCCCCUACAACCGCAAGAAAAUCAAAAGAAGUAUAACUAACAAAAGUGUUGUUGGCAAUAACUUGCGCAAUUUUAGCUUCAAGGAAAUUAUUGAAGCAACAGGUAACUUUAGAGAAGAAUUAGGAAGAGGAUCUUGUAGCAUUGUUUACAAAGGAACAAUAGAGAUGAUGAUUGGUGUGGCAGUUAAGAAACUAGAUAAGUUGAUCCAAGAUAGUGAAAAGGAAUUUCAGACUGAAAUGAGUGUCAUAGGCCAAACUCAUCAUAGGAAUCUUGUUCGUCUUCUUGGUUAUUGCAAUGAGGGACAACAUCGUAUUUUGAUAUAUGAGUUAAUGAGCAAUGGCACUUUAGCAAGCUUCAUUUUCAGCCAUUCAAAACCAAAUUGGAACCAACGAGUCGAAAUUGCCCUUGGGAUUGCUAGAGGUCUUGUUUACCUGCAUGAGGGAUGUUACACUCAAAUAAUCCAUUGUGAUAUAAAGCCACAAAAUAUACUUUUAGAUGACCACUACAAUGCCAGGAUUUCAGAUUUUGGAUUGGCAAAGUUAUUGUUGAUUAAUCAAAGCCACACUGAAACAGGAAUUAGAGGAACCAAAGGGUAUGUUGCACCAGAUUGGUUUAGGAGUGCACCAAUCACUGCUAAGGUUGAUACUUAUAGUUUUGGUGUAUUAUUGUUAGAGAUCAUAUGUUGUAGGAAAAAUGUAGAGAAAGAAAUUUUUACUGAUGAAAAAGGGAUUUUAACUGAUUGGGCUUAUGAUUGUUAUAAGACUAAAAGACUUGACAUUCUUCUAGACAAAGAUAUUGAGGUCGGUAAUGACAUGAUGAGCUUGGAAAAGUUUGUGAUGAUUGUUAUUUGGUGCAUUCAAGAAGAUCCUUCUCUUAGGCCAACAAUGAAGGAUGUUUUAUUGAUGCUAGAAGGAAUUGUUGAAGUUGUAGUUCCCCCAAGUCCCUAUCUAUAUGGUUCUGUAAGUUGUAAUUGAAGUUUGUUUCCUUUGAAUGAUAUUUUAGUCCUACCUUCUGUUUUAUUUUCCAUGAUGUAGCUAGCUACACAUUUAGUUUUAUUCAUAUUGAUUUAUCAUAUCACAUAGAAAUUAAAUUGGUUGUAUUCAUAAAUAAUGAGGAAUUUAUUGGAUAGUAUUUGUACAACAAUUAGAAGCUAUGUUUUUUCUUUUCAA